CUAAACUUUGAUGUUGAUUUUUAAUUUGUCAUUUUUAUUUAAUCUGUACUGUAAUGAAAAGAUAAUCUUUCAGAAAAACAUAUAUCGACUGCACAAAGUUAACCUAAAUAUUUUAUAUUUUUUUAAGAUUCUAUAAUUACAUUAAGUUUAAUUUAAGUUUUAGUAUUAACAUUGCAAUAGUUUACAAUUAAGCGCUAAAUGAUCCGAAGAAUGGGCCGAAACGUUCGCGUUAAUGUUGAUCGGCUGAUUUUUUUUGAAGUAUCAGGAACUCUAAUAUUGUACAACAUAAAGGAAUUAGGCUAUUCUCAGACUAUUUCACCUCGAUUUUUGAUUAGCACUCUAUUUUUUAAAUUCAAGUAUUUUAGUAUCACUAAUCGACAGAAUUCUUUUUAUUUUUAUUAAUAAUAAAGAACUUUUAAACUCUUUAAAAGAAAAUUGGUACUUUAAUCAGAACUUUACUGAGUUCAAGUUUAGUCAACUUUUUACGCACAUAUAGGUAAUAUUAGAUUUAAAAUCUUGUCAAGGAGAUCAGGUUUUGCAUGCGUAUGUGUGCAUGAGCGUUUGGCUCAUAUACAAAUGUGAUUUUUUUUUAAAAUAAAGAUGAGAGCAAGAUAGAAGAACCCAGGGUUAAAAAAUUCCGGAAUCUUCGAUGCUAGAUAUAUAUAUAAAGCCUGUGGAACAAGAGGAUAUUGAGUCAGUGUAGUGAGAAAUGUCCGAGCUGUAGCUAUAAAAUUAUUUCUCUUUUCAACAUGAAUUUAUUAAUAAUCACUUUAUGCGUUCUGAUAAAAGCAACAGUAAUAAUAGCCAAAACAGAAAGAUUAACAACCCCUUCUAACAUAAAUCAUGCCAAGCUAGCUUUGUAUUAUACAGUCGCUAAUUAUGAUACCACUACGCCAACCACUACGCCACUGCGUCAGUACCCAAUCAUACAACCAAGCAAGCCUCUUUAUAAUUACACCUAUAAUGCUGAUACCGGCAUUCAGGCUCAAGAAAGUGGUCAUCUCAAUAAUAUGGGCACCAAUCAAGAGGCUCUGGAAGUGCGAGGCAGUUAUAGUUACACUGAUAAGGAGGGCAAUACCUUCCAAGUCUCAUAUAUAGCUAAUGAGAACGGAUUUCAGCCAAAAGGUGCUCAUUUGCCCACAAUACCACCAUUAAUUAAAACAGCUCUUCAGUACAUCUCUAAAGAAGAAGAGAGAAGAGGAAAGAAAUAACAAUGUUGGAAAUGAGUAAAAUUAAUAAAUCACAAACAAAUCUUGCCAAGAUGAUAGUUAAAAAAACCAAUAUUGACUAAAUCGUAGUCCUUUUACUAGUAAUCUCGAAACACAGUUAU